AUGCCGUACAAUAUUGCCAUGGUUAGUGACUUCUUCUUCCCCCAACCCGGAGGAGUCGAAAGUCACAUAUAUCAACUUUCUUCCAAACUCAUUGAUCGCGGACACAAAGUCAUCAUCAUCACCCAUGCGUACGAAGACCGAACAGGCAUACGCUACCUCACAAAUGGCCUCAAAGUCUACCACGUUCCCUUCUUCGUCAUGUACCGAGCAUCAACGUUCCCUACGGUUUUCUCAUUCUUUCCCAUAUUUCGAAACAUUGCCAUUCGAGAAGAGAUACAAAUUGUACAUGGGCAUGGCAGUAUGAGUCCAUUUUGUCAUGAGGCUAUUCUACAUGGAAGGACUAUGGGAUUACGGACUGUCUUUACGGAUCAUUCAUUAUUUGGAUUUGCAGAUGCUGGGAGUAUCCUUACGAACAAGUUGUUGAAGUUUACAAUGAGUGAUGUAGAUCAUGUUAUUUGCGUGAGCCAUACAUGUAAAGAAAAUACAGUUCUUCGAGCUUCCUUGGAUCCUCUGAUGGUAUCUGUAAUACCGAAUGCUGUAGUCGCUGAAAACUUCCGACCACUAUACCAUCCUUCCUAUCCCAGCGACUUCUCUACCACCUCUCUUCCUCAACAUCUCGGCCCGCACGAUACCAUAACAAUAGUCGUAAUCUCCCGGCUCUUCUACAACAAAGGGACGGAUUUGUUAGUGGCUGCUCUACCUCGAAUUCUGGCGAACAAUGCGAAUGUACGAUUCAUAAUUGCCGGUUCUGGGCCAAAAGCAAUCGAUUUGGAACAAAUGCUGGAGAGAAAUGUUUUACACGAUCGCGUGGAGUUGCUUGGACCAGUCAGGCAUGAGGAAGUACGAGACGUGAUGGUUCGAGGUCAUAUAUAUCUUCAUCCAAGUUUAACGGAAGCAUUCGGUACUGUGAUCGUAGAAGCAGCGAGUUGUGGAUUAUACGUGGUUUGCACUCAAGUUGGUGGGAUACCAGAAGUUUUACCAGGACACAUGACCGUAUUUGCGAAGCCAGAGGAGGAUGAUUUAGUGGCUGCAACUGGACGAGCUAUCGCAGAGCUACGGGCAAACAAGGUUCGGACCGGAGAUUUUCACGACCAGGUCAAGAAAAUGUACUCCUGGACGGAUGUAGCUAAGCGGACAGAGAGGGUUUACGAUGGUAUUUCGGGAGCUCUUAGUGAAGCAGACUUUUACGGUUAUGAGGCAGCCGAUGCCGCCAGUUGGAGUGCUACGAGGGGAAGAGCCGGGGUUCAGAGUUUUGCCCUCAUCGAUCGGUUGAAACGAUAUUAUGGCUGUGGCAUUUGGGCAGGGAAGCUAUUCUGUCUCUGCGCUGUCAUCGACUAUAUCAUCUUUCUCCUCCUGGAAUUAUGGGCUCCCAGAGAUGCGAUCGACAUUGCUAGGAAUUGGCCGAAAAAAGUCAAACAAGAAAAUCUAACAGCUGACGAUUCUUCAUUUAGACGUUGA